AUGGCUCUCACCGGCUCAAACACAUGGGAUCGUAGUAAUCCAAUAAGGAUUGCUUUGCCAACUCUUUCAACUCCAGAAUCAGUUUCACCUCAAGGUUCACAUUGGAAUGUAAAUUUUUGUUUACCAGAAACUAUGUUGAACUCUACGUCCAAUGUAGAAUCAUCCUUCGAUAUUGAUUGUGAUGUGAAAUGGACAGAACCAAGAUCAAACCAAUCAUCAUCAUCAUCGUCAUCAUCUGGAAUGGAUUUCUUUUGCAGCUGUUGUGAUGUUAAAAUGAACUCUUCAGCUCAAAUGGCUUCACAUAUUCGUGGCCGCAAGCAUCAGAGUAAAGCAGCCUCUUGCUCAAUAGAUAUCCUUUCUAUCAGAAGUGUCAGCAUCAAAGUAAAGUUUAGGUCCCGUUUCAAAGGAUAA